AUUUCUUUUGUACACACGUGCAGACAUGUCUCGACUAGAUGUCACCGAAACCUUUCACAACAUCACGUUUCCUGGGCACCUGCAUACCCAAGACUCCCUGAAUUAUGCAACCAACUUUAAGUUCCAGGACACAGAUACCGUAAUUGUCACUUAUCCGAAAUCAGGAACCACAUGGAUGCAGGAAAUCAUCACUUUGGUUCUGAGUAAAGGGGACCCAACUAUAGCCCAAACUCAGCCCAACUGGGCCCGUGCCCCAUGGCUUGAGCAGUACUACUGCCCUGACGUUCUAAAUGCCUCUAAAGGGCCUCGCAUUAUUACUACACAUCUGCCUUAUCGCCUGCUGGCACCGGCCCUCAAACAGUCCAAAGCAAAGGUUAUAUAUGUGGCCAGAAAUCUCAAAGACGUGUCCGUUUCAUAUUAUCACUUCCACAAUGUGGCCAAAUUUCUGCCUGACCCAGGGACUUUCUCUGAGUUUCUGAAUGCUUUCUUGGAGGGUUCAGUGCAUUAUGGCUCUUGGUUUGAUCAUGUCAAGGGAUGGACCAGUCACUCAAAUGAUAUUCAGAACUUUCUUUACGUCACAUAUGAGGAAAUGUGGCAGGACCUUCAUGGGGCUCUUCAGAAAGUGAGUCGUUUCCUGCAGUGCCCUUUAACUGAGGAUGAGCUGAUCCUUGCUCAGAAGCACUGUAGUUUCAAUAGCAUGAAGGAAAAUGCCAUGGUGAACUACACCCUCGUCCCUCAGGAGAUCAUGGACCACAGCAAGGGAAAUUUCAUGAGGAAAGGUAAAGUCGGAGACUGGAAGAACAUAUUCACCGAGGAGCAGAGUUUUCUCGUUGAUGACGUCUACUCUUCACAGAUGGCAGAUUCCUCUCUGAAGUUUUUAUGGGAAUGCCCAAGGGAGACUUAGGCCUCGAAUAACCAUUUAUAAUCCACCAUCACCCAGAUAGAGAUCUGUUAAGAAGUUGUAUUUAUCGUUAUCAGCGUUUUAUGUUUCAGCUAUCUUAUUCAGAUCUUAUUCUUAUAUAACCUCUCAUCACUGCUAAUAUGCUUCAUUUUACAUUUGUUACUGUUCCUAAUAUUUCACACUGGCAUGAAUAAGCUGAAAAAAAUAAGCUGAUGUAUUUUGUUUUUUUCAGAUUUUUUUUUUUUUUAAGGUUUCAGCCAGAGACCUUAAGAGAAAUGUAGCAAUAUUUAUGUAAUUUAUUACUAUUCAUUUUAUAUUUUUGUUUGAUGCAAUAUAACUUACAUUAUAAUUUUAUAUGAACAAACCAGUCAUGCAUAUCAGAUGAGUGAAAUUAUGAUCUAUAUUGUUUGACCUGUUAGAGAUAUAAUUUACACAGCAAAAUAACGAAUUUAAAAAUGUAAGAAUUUAAGUGUGAUUUUGUGUACUAAAGCAAUGCAGAGCUGUGAAACAAUGAUUUUUCAUUUUGCUUUACUAUUAUCAUUAAUGUGCAAUGCUAUUGUGAAGCAAAAACAUCACAAAAUAUACAUAAACCUACUUGACAACCUCUGCUCUUAUGCUAAAUGUGGUCAUUUUGAACCCGCUAUCAAGUGAAAUUACAUUCCGAUGAUGACAGUUUUGUGACGAUAAAAACACGCUCUCAAGCGUGUUCAGCAGAAGAACUUGUUGAGCUCAUUAGAUGUUCAUUUGAGAGUGAGGCCCAUCUAAAAGGCCAAAUGCUCUUUAAUGAAGAGAGUGAAGUGUUUAGAGACCGAGUUUCUGCACCUGUGCUGCACUUAAAGCGAUGGAUGGCACUUGAAAUUUGCAUUUGGAAGGAAGAAGCAACAUUUCAGACUCUAGCUGAGUCUGCCAAUCUCACAUGUAAAAGACAUCAUGUUACGCUCUGUACAGCCGUGGCCAAAAGUUUUGGCAGUGACAGAUUUUUAAAGUUUAAAGUUUUAAAGCCCUCACUGUCUGUUAUUAUAUACAUAGACAUGCAUGUUAAUAACUGUGUACACUUGUGACCUUGUAAAUGUAUAGUUUAAGGUAAAAAUGGAAAAUUAAAUAAGUAAAAUGCAUUAAAUGCAGGGUACUGAA